CCGGCAUCAACCGUUCCUUCUCUCUCUCCUCCCCUCUCCUCUGGUCCUUAACUGGAUCGGACGAGCAUUCCCCUUCGGCAUCAUGGCUAGGUUCGGCAGUCGUGCGGUCUCCGCGAUCGAGCUGGAGUCCAGCCGGGACUCGCGGUGGUCUAACGAAGAUCUGCUUCCCACGCCCCCGGAGCAGUGCACCUGGCGCUGGUGGAACUAUGUGUCGUUUUACUGGUCUAUUUCGUUUACGAACUGGACCUUGGGAUCGACCAUGAUCGGUAUCGGUCUCAACUGGUGGCAGGCCAUCGUCGUCAUCUUCGUCUCUCAGAUGAUUUCCUCCGUCGCCAUGGCGUUCAACUCCCGCGCUGCUAGUGUCUAUCAUCUCGGGUUCCCGUGUGUCGGCCGCAGUGUGUUUGGAAUGUGGGGAAGUUACUAUUUUGUCGGUGCCCGAGCGGUGCUGGCCAUCGUGUGGUUUGCCGUGCAAAUGGAUUUCGGAGCUGAGUACAUGUACAACAUCCUCCGGGCGAUUUUCGGACACCAUUAUACCGACAUUCCCAACCAUAUUCCGGCGAGUGCGGGUAUCACCACGCAGAAGAUGCUGGCCUUCUUCCUCACCUGGCUGGCGCAUUUGCCCUUCUGCCACUUCCGGCCGUACCAGCUGCGCAAGUUCUUCAUCUUCAAGACUCUGAUCUCGCUGCCUGCCAUGUUCGGACUGUUCAUUUUUGCCAUGGCCAACACCAAGGGACAUCUGGGAACGAUGUACGCGGCGUCGUCUCGCUCGUCGACUGCUACGGCAUGGAUGAUCAUUUCGGGUAUCAACAGUGGCCUGGGUAACACCGCCACGUUGAUCACGAACCAACCCGAUUACUGCCGCUGGGCCCGAAGCCGACAGGCCCCUCUGUGGACCCAGCUGAUCUCCAACCCGAUUGCCGUGACUUUGUCUGCGAGUCUGGGUAUCUUGGCCACCUCCGCCAUCAACAACAAAUACGGCACCGAUAUUUGGAACCAAUGGGAUCUGAUGGAAUUCAUCCUCGACCGCUACUGGUCGGGUACUACCCGAUUCGCCGUGUUCCUGGUCGCCUUUGCCUGGCUGGUGCAGAUCAUGGGCACCAACGUGGCGGCCAACAUGAUCUCCUUCGGUGCCGACUCCUCGAUGUUGUUCCCCCGGUUCAUCAACAUGCGUCGGGGCCAAUACAUCGUGCAGACUCUGGCCUGGGCCGUGGUUCCCUGGGAGAUUCUCACCUCGGCGUCCAAAUUCGAGGACUUUCUCUCGGGAUACGCCUUGUUCAUGGGUGCUGUGGUCGCCAUCAUGGUGUGCGAGUACUUCAUCUUCUCAAAGGGUAACAUCUUCAUCUCCUCCCUCUACGACGGCACCAAACUCAACAAAAACUACCGCUACACCGGCGGCUGGAACCUCCAAGCCGUGAUCGCCUACAUUAUCGCCAUUGCCCUGCCAUUCCCUGCAGGCUUCGUCGGCUCCCUCGGCGCCAACGUCUCCACAACUGCCACCCGCAUGGGCGACCUGGGGUGGAUCCUCUCCUUCAUAACAGGAUUCGUCUGCUACUACAUCAUCUGCACGUUCUGGCCGACAGAGAACCACCGCAUUAUCAAAGAGCAGGGGUACACGUGGGAGCAGACGGCGAAGGAUGAUAACGGGGAGUUUUAUCUGAAUGGGGCGAAUGUUGGGGGGGUUACGUGUGAAGAGGUGGUGGUGGAGAAGGGGGUUGAGAAGGUGGGGGUUUCGUGA